CGAUCCGUGCCUACAAAUAGCGAGUAGCCUGACAGUAGUCACCUCCAUCUGGCAUAGAGCCAAGCGGUCUGCUAACGUCUGAGUAAAAAUGAUCGAGAAGAACGCUACCAAGUGUCACAAACAGAAAAGCUAAAGAUGGAAGAACUACUGGAGAGAUAAUUGUAAGGAAAAAUUCGGAGCCACCGAGCAGGAUGUCCGCAUCCGCAGCAAAUGGUGGAGUGGGAGAUAAUUCCCAUUUUCCAGCAGUGAUCGAGCUAAAUGUCGGUGGGGUUUUUUACACAACGUCACUGGCAACGUUGACUAAAGAACCGAAUUCUCUGCUAGCCCAAAUGUUCGGAAGCAAAGGAAGACAGGGAGUGAUGAAGGAUUCGAAAGGUAAAUACUUCAUCGACAGAGAUGGGGUAUUGUUCCGCUACGUAUUGGACUAUUUACGAAAUCAGAAAAUGAUCCUACCCGAGAAUUUUCACGAAAGAGAUCGACUGAGAAACGAAGCGGAAUACUUCAACCUUCCAGAAAUGGCCGCUGGUGUGGAAAUGGUUCCAGCAUCCAGGCUGUCUCACCAGAGCCAAUCGGUGGUAGGUCAACCAGGUUACGUAACAGUAGGCUACAGAGGGACGUUCGCCUUCGGCAGAGACGGUCUGGCCGAUGUCAAAUUUAGAAAACUGACCCGCAUCCUUGUGGCUGGGAAAGUGACAAUAUGCCGUGAAGUCUUUGGCGAGACGUUAAACGAGAGUAGAGAUCCCGAUCGUGGCACCGAAGAUCGUUACACGGCGCGUUUCUUUCUUAAGCACAAUUCGUUAGAACAGGCAUUCGAUUGUUUACAAGAGGCCGGUUUCAGAUGUUUAACCGCAGCUGGUUCCGGUACUGCUUCCGGUGGUGUGGGAGAACCUAUGAAACCCGGAAUGGAUUCCGAAGAAAAUCGCUGGAACCACUACAACGAGUUUGUCUUCGCCAGACCUUAGAACCUCGGAAAUCAGAUGUAGCGUCGAGGGACCAUCGAAAUUUUGCUUUUGUCUUUCGAGGAGACGGAAAAUAAAAGGUAGAAUCCCGUGUUUCCGUGUUUACGCGGUGAGUCCUUUCUCCCCCUUAAAAAAGCCCGUUCUGGACAACCGGGCGACAACAUUUUUGUCGUUUAAUGUCGUGGUGUUGGGUAAAUUUUCGUCUGAUGUGCCUAAAAAUGUUUUUGUUAGUCAUAAAUCGAUGUUUUAGUAUCGAACUGUCGGUGUUACUGACAAUUGUCACCGCCAUUGUCUAAGUAACGCACACGCCUAUCUAGAGAAGCUGCCAAACCCAGGAUUAAAUUUAGAAAGAAGGCAUUUUUCGAUUCCCCCUUCCUUUAAAAUGUGUUUCCUACUUUAUUCUCCGAAUAGGAAAGUUGCAAUAGAUAAAAUUAAAUUGUGCCACUCGAAAAAAAGGAGGAAGCUCUAAAGUACAUUGUUCUCGAAUCGAAACUAUCCAAUUACUAACUGUCAGGGUGUGGUUGCUGACCGUUUUCUGUCGCUAUACCGAAGAUUAAAAUUAACUUCAUUCUCUAAAUUUGAUGAUAUUUGCUUUCGAUUUUAUUUAUUUAUUGAAUUUCGACAUUUUUUUUUUACUUUUAAUCUUUAAAUAUUUAUACAUAAACACAAUCCGUACGGAAGAAGAACGAAUCUGAAAGCAAGCAAAAGUAUUAAAGAAUAAAAUAUAUUUUCGAUCUCAUGAAAUAUUUAAGGCCGUAUAAAAUAGGAAAAGUCUCAGUUUUUCUGUUAGAAAAUGGAAAUAUAACAUUACAUUUCUUUCUAAAAUAUUUACAGUUCGUUGAUGUCGCCAAUUAACUUCCGUGUAAACAGCACGUAAACAUAACAGGUAAAGAAGUGGAGGAGGAAAUUAUUUUGUGUUUAUUAAACCACUAAAAUUUAUUACUGGUCAACUUAAACAGUAAUUCUCUAGAGAGUCGACAAUCGAAUAGCUUCCACUCUUUAAUUUUAUUAAAAGAAAUUACUAGUUUGUUCUUCCUAAAUAAGAAAAGAGAUGAGAGAGAAAGCUGUCUUGUAUCGAAAUUAAUUUUUUUUUCUCUCUUUUUUUUAAAUAAAAUAGGAUAAAAAUCUUACUUAUCUAAAAUGUAAUCGUGAUUUUUUUUAAUUGUUUAGCUUCUCUUAAAAAAUUAAUUAAGGUUUAAUCUAAAAAACAAGCUUAAUCCUUUAAGAACAGUACUUGAAAAGUUGAUUCCCUUUCACGAAAAAUGCCUUCUUUCGUGUAAUCAGAUUUAGUAUAUUUCUUUUUGAUUGCACUAGUUCAUAAUUUUAAUGAAAUUUCGAAAGAAAGCCCAAAAAAUGCACCUAGAAAUUAGUCGAAUCGAAUUUAAAAAAGAAAAAAAAAAUUGCACUUCAAUGAUAAUUUAUCCCCGGGCAGAAAAGCAAAAAUUGUCUUUUUAAAUCUGUUGUUUCUCGUAUUGAAUAUGUGUGGAUAAAACAAAAAAAAAAAAUCAUAAUAAUCAUCUAAAUAUUCUACGUUGCUUAUUAUAGUAAAUAGCUUGUAUUUAUGAAGUAGUAUUAGCUCGUCUAACGC